ACCGUGUAGAACGAAAGACCAUCGUACGAACAAAGCUUGAAAAUGAUUGAUUCAGAGGAUCCCGAGCUGGAGGAAGAGCUUCAGGCUGCUGACGAACUCCUUCAAGAUAUGCAGAAUGAUGCACGGAGUGAACCUCAGCCAAGACCAGUGCGCUGGAAAACACGUGACAGACAGGGAGCUUUUAUUCCUCAAAGACCAUCAACCAGUCGAAGUACUAGUUGCAUGCCACGUGUGUCCAGAGAGCAGCAUCAAUGUCCACGUGAAGAACCUAGUUAUGUUGCCAGUGUCAACCCAACAAAAGUGUAUGGAACUGAGGUGCUUCGUCAGGAGCUCCUUCAGUUGUUGGAGGAUGGAGAAGAGGACGCAGCCAUGACUUGUGAGACGUCGUGUGAGUCAGCUGCUACUCACUGGGCGAUCAGAAAUAUGGUGUCCUCGCAAAAGUGGAAAGAGGCCAGGCCUUGUCUUAUAGACAAUAUGUUAGCUACUCUGGAUCCACAGUCACACCGUGUGUGUCAGUGUGGCAAACAAGUAGUUGUGAGGUGUCUGGACUGCCUGCCUCUUCCAUUCCUUUGUGCUGACUGUGAUAUUGCAGUUCACACACGCUUUGUCCUGCACAACAGAGAGGCAGUAACAGGAGGGUUUUUGCAGCCUUCAUCAGAGUUUCACAAGCCAAUAGUUCGGCUGUUGCCUGUGCAAAGGCCAGACCAUGUGUGUGACUGCCCAGCAGGUAACGUUGAGGUUUCACCCGGUGCAAUUGUGGCUCUUGUAACCAUAAAUGGCCGUUAUAACCUUGCACUACCAGUGGUGAGCUGCACCAGCUGUGGCCUAAUGUGGUCCCCCUCAGUUAAGGACAUCCUGGGUAGUGGAUAUUGGCCUGGCACCUUAAAUUUCUGCACCCUGUUUUCAAUGGAUGUCUUUCAGUCGUUCUAUGACAUUAAGAAGCUGCACCAGGGAUGUCACUUAAGGCAUUUGUCAAAAUGCUGGAUGAACGAACAGCCCAUUUUGGAAGGGUGGGUUUCUAAAUUUGUCAAGUUUAAGGAAAUUGUGCAAAUCAAUGUUUAUGAUGACUGUCCUUGA